ACCCACCAACCCGCCCGCCACAGCACGACAGGUACGCCGAGGGGGCGGAAGGAAGACAGGGCCGGCAGACGCGGCGCCACUUAAACAUCAACUUGGUGGUUCUUUUAGGACGGCAAACAUGACAGAGCAAGGCAAGAAGGUGAUUCUGGUGGUUGUGGAUGUUCUCUGCGUCUUCAUCGCGUCCCUGCCCUCAGCCAUCCUGACGCUGAUGUUCAAACCGUACCAGAGAGGCAUCUACUGCGAUGACGAGAGCAUCAACUACCCCUACAGAAGAGACACCAUCUCCCAUGGAGCCAUGGCUGCCGUCACCAUCACCAGCUCCAUAGUCAUCAUCACGACCGGCGAGGCCUACCUGGUGCACACCAAGCGCCUGCACUCCAACUCCCAGUUCAACCAAUACCUGUCAGCGCUCUACAAAAUCGUGGGCACCUUCCUGUUCGGGGCGGCCGUCAGCCAGUCGCUCACCGACCUGGCCAAGUUCACCAUCGGAAGGCCCAGACCAAACUUCUUGUCCGUGUGCGCCCCCACCAGCUGCAACGGCUACCAGCUCCACCUCAACUGCACCGGGAGCUUGCGCAAUGUCACAGAGUCCAGGUUGUCCUUCUACUCGGGGCACUCGUCGUUCGGCAUGUACUGCAUGCUCUUCCUCUCUUUGUACGUGCAGGCCCGUAUGCAAGGCAAGUGGACGCGUCUGGUGCGUCCCACCAUCCAAUUUUUCCUGGUGGCCUUCUCCUUGUACGUGGGCUACACGCGCGUCUCCGACUUUAAGCAUCACUGGAGCGACGUGCUGGUGGGACUCCUGCAGGGGGCGCUCAUCGCGGUUCUCACGGUUAAAUACGUCUCGGAUUUCUUCAAGCAACGCGGCGAACCGGCGUGCACGCGGACGGACGCCGCCGUCGACGACGAGCGACUUGAACACAAGCCCAGCCCGCAACGCCCCAACCACUACAACUACUCGCCACCCGUAUGACACGCCAACACGCCACCCUCCUGUGCCAUCAUUUCAUGUCCGCAACCACUAGCUGGAACUCUUCAACACAUUUGUAUAGCUAAACAUAGAAAGUGAAAUGUACAUGUGUUGUCUCUAUGUGCAAUGACGCUUUUGUUAUGGUUUGUUUGGAAAAUCGAUGCUGUGACUUGACGGAAAAAUAUUUUGUUUUUAUCUAAAGUAAGACUGCUUCACCACUAAAAUCUUUUACGAGCAGACCACUCGCUGCUUCAGCUAACACAUUUUUAUAUACAGUAUUGUUUUUUUGUGCAUCAUUACUGUGUCUUAUCUAAUAAACCGUGCUGUUAUUUUUAACAA